AUGGGGAAUUUCACCGGCUGGUACAGCUUCAGGAGAGCCCAGGCCGUGCUGAUAAGUUUCUCCUCCAUAUUCGUCUUCACUUUCAAUUUUUCCCGGGCCCUCGCUGCCAUCCGUGUACUGGGUCUUCUUGGAGCUCUGGACCCCUACAAGCACAAGGUGAACAUCGGCAUGAUUGACCAGUCGCGAGACGCCUCUGCUGUCAGUCUCUCCGAGUCCAAAUCCAGUCAGGACUCAGCGGACUACAGCACCAGUGAGAUGCUAGUGAACAUGGGUAACCUGCCAUUGGAUGAGUUUUACCCCGCUGUAGCAAUUGUAACUCUGAUGCGCAUCCUGAGAGACCCCUCACUCUCGAACCACCAUACCAUGGUGGUCCAGGCUGUCACAUUCAUCUUCAAGUCUCUAGGCCUCAAGUGUGUCCAGUUCCUGCCGCAGGUCAUGCCCACUUUCCUCAAUGUCAUCCGGGUCUGUGACGCCAGUAUCCGAGAGUUCCUCUUUCAGCAGAUGGGAAUGGUAGUGUGUUUUGUGAAGAUCCACAUCCGCCCCUACAUGGACGACAUCUUUACCCUCAUCAGAGAGUACUGGACACCAAACAACCCCAUGCAGAACACCAUCAUCCUUCUGAUCGAGCAGAUUGUGGUGGCGCUGGGUGGAGAGUUCAAGCUCUACCUGCCUCAGCUCAUCCCACAUAUGUUGCGCGUCUUCAUGCACGACAACAGCACCGGGCGCAGUGUUACCAUCAAGAUGCUCAACGCCAUCCAGCUGUUCGGUGCCAACCUAGAUGACUACCUGCACUUGCUGCUGCCUCCCAUUGUGAAGCUGUUUGAUGCCCCUGAUGUACCCCUGCAGGCUCGCAAAGUUGCCUUGGAGACACUGGACAGGCUGACAGAGUCCCUGGACUUCACAGACUAUGCUUCUCGCAUCAUCCACCCGAUUGUUCGGACACUUGACAGCACGCCUGAGUUGCGCUCUACCUCUAUGGACACCCUGUCCUCGCUAGUGUUCCAGUUGGGAAAAAAGUACCAGAUCUUCAUUCCCAUGGUAAACAAGGUGAUGCUGAAGCACAGGAUCAACCACCAGCGUUAUGACAUACUCAUAUGUCGCAUUGUUAAGGGCUAUACUCUAGCUGAGGAGGAAGAGGACCCUCUAAUCUUCCAACAUCGCCAGCUUCGCAGUAACCAAGGUGACACUCUGGUCAGCGGACCGGUGGAGGCGGGGCCUAUGAAGAAGCUUCAUGUCAGCACUACAGCACUUCAGAAGGCUUGGGGUGCUGCCAGGAAGGUGUCCAAAGAUGAUUGGCUGGAGUGGCUCAGGCGCUUGAGUGUCGUCCUGCUCAAGGAGUCGUCCUCCCCAGCCUUACGAUCAUGCUGGUCACUGGCCCAAACCUACAUUCCUCUUGCCAGGGACCUGUUCAAUGCAGCCUUCCUGUCUUGUUGGUCUGAGCUGAGUGAGGACCAGCAGGAUGAGCUCAUCCGCAGCAUCGAGUUGGCUCUCACCUCCCAGGACAUCGCUGAGGUUACACAGACUCUGCUAAACCUGGCAGAGUUCAUGGAGCACAGUGACAAGGGACCUCUGCCUCUCAGAGAUGAUAAUGGCAUUGUGCUGCUUGGUGAGAGAGCUGCCAAGUGUCGUGCCUACGCCAAAGCUCUGCACUACAAAGAGCUGGAGUUUCAGAAAGGGCCUUCUCCUCUCAUCCUGGAGUCUCUUAUCAGCAUCAACAAUAAAUUACAGCAGCCAGAAGCUGCAUCUGGAGUGCUGGAGUACGCCAUGAAACAUUUUGGUGAACUGGAAAUCCAAGCCACUUGGUAUGAGAAGCUCCAUGAGUGGGAGGAUGCCCUGGUAUCAUACGACAAGAAGAUUGACAUGAACAAAGAGGAUCCAGAGCUCAUCCUGGGCAGAAUGCGCUGCUUAGAGGCCCUGGGAGAAUGGGGCCAGUUGCACCAGCAGUGCUGUGAGGAGUGGACGCUGGUGAGCGAGGAAACCCAAGCCAAGAUGGCUCGUAUGGCUGCUGCUGCCGCCUGGGGUCUAGGGCACUGGGACAGCAUGGAGGAGUACACGUGUAUGAUCCCAAGAGACACACAUGAUGGUGCCUUUUAUAGAGCAGUGCUAGCUCUGCAUCAGGACCUCUUCUCAUUGGCUCAGCAGUGUAUUGACAAAGCAAGAGACCUCUUGGAUGCUGAGCUGACGGCCAUGGCUGGAGAGAGCUACAGUCGAGCCUACGGGGCCAUGGUGUCUUGCCAGAUGCUGUCGGAGCUAGAGGAGGUGAUCCAGUACAAGUUGGUGCCAGAGAGGAGGGACAUCAUCAGGGAAACAUGGUGGGAGAGGCUUCAGGUGAGGAAAAGUGAGGGACGCCUGCCAAACAUUUGGAAGGAGACACAAAAAGCCUGA